AUGGCAACUAUAGGAAGGAUCCAUCAUGUAAAUGUAGUCCAACUUGUUGGAUAUCGUGCUGAAAGAUCAAAGCGCGCCCUUAUUUUUUAUUUCAUGCAAAAUGGUUCCCUUGAUAAGUAUGUCUUCAAUCGAGAAAAAGCAUCUUCAUUGGGUUGGGAAAUGAAAUUUAAAAUUGCAGUUGAAGUGGCUCGGGGGAUCAGGUAUUUGCACCAUGGUUGUGACAUCCAGAUCUUGCACUUUGACAUCAAACCUCACAAUAUUCUUCUUGAUGAUAAGUUCGUCCCAAAAAUAUCUGAUUUCGGGAUGGCAAAAUUAUGCGCUGCAAACAAGGAGGCAGUGACAUUGACGACUGCAGAGGAGCCAUUGGGUAUGUUGCUCCUGAACUUAUCAGUAGAAGCAUUGGCGCAGUGUCUUACAAGGCUGAUGUGCAUAUUUUUGGGAGUUGUUGAUGGAAAUGUUAAACUUAAACGAAGACUUGACAAGGAACAAUGA